AGACUCCAGGUCUCGUAAAGACAUCUUGGUGUAGACGGAAUAAGGCAACUGGUUGACACAAGAGUUGUGCAGUCUGACGAGCCCUUCUCUCGGUUCAUACUUGAUCUUUCGCAUGGGAUGACAAGUCUUAUAGUCAUACAACAGGUAUAGUCCACUUGCGCCUGCGACGCCUGUUGUUGCCGUCAAGAGCUUGACUGCUGUGUUGGCAGCCUUGUUGCUCAUCUUAUCCGAUAGAUGUUUGCUUGGAGCUCCACAAUGGUUUUGGUUGUGGUUGUGGUCGAUGCAUAGACCUCUGGUGUUCUUGUCCCGUGGUUGUUGUUGGGGUUCUCAUGAGUCCCGAGUUGUUGGAGGGACUCAAAUUCGAAAUGUUUCAACUCUCCGAGUUCAGCUCGGCCCCUUCGUGAGACGACGUUGCCAUUUACUGCUGUGGUGAAGGCAGCUUGUCGAUUGGAGCAAUGACUAGUCAAGUAGGAUCGAGCUUUGAGAUGGCGUUCUUGGAUCGGCAUCGUCGAUUUCCCAAGACGGAUCGAGACUACAAGAUCAUGCCGAUGAUCUUCUUUCAGCAGCAAUUCCAGUUGAAGAAGGCAAAUGCAGCAACCAAAAUCCAGCAUUGGUGGAGCAAAGUCAUGACGCGACGCCGAGUAGCCGAGGCCAUGGAGAAGGAGCAGUCGCCGAUGAUGCCAAAGGCGGUUCGAUUCGUGCAGCAUGUGUCGACCGAGAUUGCCAAUGACACGCCGAUCGGUGUGUUGAAGGCCCGCCAGAAAAGAAUCAAGGAUCAAUUGGACGAAUUCGCCAUUCGAUUUGAACAGGAGAAUGGUCGACCACCCCAAGAAGACGACUUUUGCGCCGUUGAAGCUUUGCGUCGCAGCUACCACGAAGUGAAGACCAAGCUCCGAAGAGCCAAAAAGAUGUUGGAGCUGCGUCGAACUCCUGAUCGAAACCCCUACAGCGAAUCGGCAUUGGCAACGGUCAACGCCAUGAUUUUUAGUGAUGAGAAGAAAAGCGAUACAGACGAUGACGGCGAAUCGGUGUGCAGUUCGGUGUUGCGCUUUUCCUGUCCUAGUGGCUCCAAGCAUGAUGCUCGACUCUUCAAUCACGACGACGACGACCAGCUGGCUCGAGUCAUUGACUUCAUAUCCAAGGACACAACCUACAAAUCACCAUACCGUCGCGAUGCUCACGAGAUGAAGGAAGAGGGGGCCUAUUGAAGAUCGAUGUUUCGGUACGCCGGACUCUUGUUCACUGCGGAGUAAACGUGACUCUUGUCUGUUUGUCGACAGCAUCGAGCAUCGAAAAAGCCAAAGCCGCGGAUCUUCCGGAGUGUCUUUGUGUUGUACCCGGUAUCACUCAUCCCUUCAUCGGUCCCUCUGAAUGAUUCGAUUCAAUCUGCGAAUCAAGUCCUGUUCGUUGUUCUCUGUCUCAGGAGGUUCCGAGGCAUUUCUUCCGUUCACGCAUCACGCAACGCCCUCAUCAACAACACAUCGUAGCAUCAAUGGAACAACAACAUUGCAGCAACAUUUCUUUGUAUUGCCGCGCGAGGUUUCAUUCUGCCGUACGUACUAAAGUUUGUUUUGGAUCAUUCAGCAGCACUAGUCGGAGGAACAGUGCUUUGUUUUGGAUCGUUCAGCAGCACUAGUCGGAGGAACAGUGCUUU